AUGGCAUUUUUUGAAACAGGCGCAAAAGAAAAACACAGUAUAUUAUUAUUUGUUUAUGUACGUUCAACUCAUAUAUCUAAAUGUACAUUAAUAUCUCGUUCAUCAGUUCCAACUGGUUUUAUGGGAAUUGCUGGUAAUAAAGGUGGAGUUGGUAUUCGAUUUCGUUUUUAUGAAACUGAUAUAUGUUUUGUUAAUUCACAUUUUGCAUCGGGUGAUGGACAAACACAACGACGUAAUGAAGAUUAUCAUAUGAUUGAAUCACGUAUGGCCUUUACUGAUGGACCUACGUAUUCAAUUAAAGAUUAUCUUUGGUAUACACCAACAGCAGCUGGUAUUAAUGUUCCUAAUCCUCAAAAUUCACUUACUCCUAGUCAAUGGUAA